GAACGGUCAACAAGAACAACAACACCCAACUAAUACCCUAAAAAACAACUAGCUCACCGGUCAAGAAGAAGAACAAAACGAACGCGCAGAUGGAACGAUUGGCGGAAGCAGAACAGGCACUGACCUUGGCAAAGUCGUGCGAUAUCGACCUACCAGUGACGCUCAGAAUCUCACGAAUAGAGGGAAACUAUCACAGGUCUCAGACCAAGUCCUACUCGAACCUACGCACCAGUCAGCCUCACUCGUCGCCCUUGCCCGAUCUUUACGUCGCCGUACAGCUAUGGGCUGAGAACCGACCAUUGACUUUGCCCUUUUACACACCUCACAAGAACUUUUCGACCUCCUUCACAUGGGCGACCCCGAUCACUUUACCGAUCAAGUAUCGUGACUUACCUCACUCGGCCCAACUAGCAUUCACAAUACUCGACGUCAAUCUUCCAGACGGCCUUACUCACACGUCUCAUCCCCUUUCAACAACUGACGAUACAACAGCUUCAAUUGACCAAACCACCACGGAUAAUUUCUUAUUAUCCAAUUCCACCGUCGUGGGAGGCACGACACUUGCGCUAUUUGGGAAAAAGAGGACGUUAAGAAAAGGGAAACAACGCUGUUUUAUCCAUCGUGACCGAAUCGCAGAUGGAAAUGUUUCGUCGACUACGCCUAGUAAAAUUGCGAUUGUUUCUGAGAGUGAUCCUAAUUCAUUGGAGGUUUAUGAAGAAAGUGACAAGCUGGGUAGACUCGAAAAACUCGUCAAGAAACAUGAGCGUGGUGAUCUGCCUCGACUGGAAUGGCUUGAUCAACUCGCAUUCCGACAGAUAGAAAGAAUCCAUGCUCAAGAAACGGCGAAAAGUCGAGACAUGUACUUGUAUGUCGACCUGCCUCGGUUUGAUUUUCCGAUCUUAUUCAAUGAGAUCGAGCUUCCAGCCCCAAGUCUACCCUCAACAUUAUCGGCUGUAACGCAGCCGGCCGCUGGUAAUACUUCCGCACUUUACUCCCCCCAUCAUCUCGCCGAUAUUUUCACAGUGGUCGACCCGGACAUGGUACAUGACAAUCCCAUUGAAAGUAAACACACUAGGCUUCAUAGAAGUCACCGCAAUGGUCCAUUAGAUCGCGAAUUGAGACCUGAGAAGAGUGUGCGGGAUGUUCUUAACAAUAUUUUGAGUUACCCGCCCACCAGGACACUAACACGUGACGAGAGGGACCUUGUGUGGCGCUUCCGGUUUUACUUAUCUCACGACAAGCGUGCCUUGACUAAAUUUCUCAAGUCGGUUGUGUGGUCGGACAAGGGAGAGGUGAGUCAAGCGAUCGGAAACCUUUUACCAAUUUGGUCCGAAAUUAGUUUGGACGAUGCGCUCGAGCUCCUAGGACCAUCAGAUGAUUACCGAGAACCACGAAUAAAACAGUUUGCGGUCCAACAACUCGCCCGAGCCGAGGAUGAUGAGCUGGUGCUAUAUUUGCUACAACUAGUCCAAGCGUUGAAAUUCGACCAGUCGCCUUCAGUAAGCUUCGAUCAUCACAAGACCAGUCCAUCGAGCACAGUCACGUCUCCGAUAGCCCAAUCCCAGCGUUUCUCUGUCGCCCCGUCUCAGCGAGUUAGUGUUGGUAGUAGCAGUACAGUGCUGGGAAGAGAGAACCGGUCCUCGUUCACGCCGAACGUCACAGAAACUCCUCCUAGGCGUGACUCGCAAAUCAAGCCGUUGAGUCUCGAAGACUUUUUGAUUGAACGAAGUUGUGCCAACCCGGCUGUGUUGGGCUAUCAGUUCUAUUGGUAUCUUACCGUCGAGGCUAGUGCCGAUGGGGAUAAAUCAAUGCAAGUUAUGUACGGCAGGGUCUUGCAAAAAUUCUAUGACAAAAUGCGUGAAACGGAUAGAGGUCGGUCGAUGGCUGAGACUAUUCAGCGACAAAAAUCAUUUGUGAUGUUUCUUUCAAAGUUAGCAAAUGAGAUCCGAACAUCAAAAGACGGAAGGCCAAAGAAGAUCGAAAAGCUCAAACAUGUGUUGAAAGAUCCGGCGAAACUGGCUCAACUAUUUUCAGUCGAUAGCACGAGUCAGAUAGCAGGCUUACCGCUACCGUUGGAUUCGAGUAAGAUGAUUGUGGGGGUAGAUACGGACUCAUCGACGGUAUUCAAGUCGAAUCUGUUCCCAUUAAGGUUGGCGCUUCGAUGUUCAGAUGGGACGGAGUAUCCGGUGAUCUUCAAAGACGGCGAUGAUCUUAGACAAGACCAAUUGGUCAUCCAACUCAUCAGCUUGAUGGACCGACUCCUCAGGAAAGAAAACUUGGACCUUCGCUUGACCCCUUAUAAAGUCUUGGCUACCGGUCAGACUGUGGGCCUCGUUCAGUUCAUCACCUCUAAAACUUUAGGCGAAGUCGCCGCCGUUUAUCAGGGCGGUAUCUUGGAAUACCUUAGGACUGAGAAUCCAGACUCGGGUGGUAGUCUUGGUCACUAUGGUGUUUUGCCUAGUGUUUUAGAAAACUUUGUUAGGAGUUGUGCUGGAUAUUGUGUAGUAACGUAUAUCCUAGGAGUAGGCGAUCGACAUUUGGAUAACCUAAUGAUCUCGCCGAGUGGGCACUUUUUUCAUGUGGAUUUUGGGUACAUUUUAGGACGAGAUCCGAAGCCGUUUCCGCCCUCGAUUAAGGUCUGUAAGGAGAUGGUAGACGGGAUGGGAGGCGACAAGUCGAGCCAUUAUGGUCGCUUCAAACGGCUCUGUUAUACCGCUUUUAUCUGUCUUCGUAAAAAUUCCGGGUUGAUCAUCAAUCUUGUCGGGCUCAUGAUCGAGGCUAAUAUCCCUGAUAUCAAACUCGAACCUGAUAAAGCUGUCAUGAAGGUCCAAGAAAAAUUUAGAUUGGACUUGUCUGAAGAAGAAGCUAUCAAACACUUUGAAAACGAGCUCAAUGAUACUUCUUAUUUCACUGUUGUCUUUGACAAGAUCCAUGCUGUGGCCCAGUACUGGAGAGCCUAACAAAAAAAAAGAAACUUUUUGUAUUUGUAUUGUGUAUUUGUUCAUCAUGUUUAUUGGCGGUUUGGACUUGAUAUGAUUUUGUAACAGGCACAAAAAAAAAACGUUGAGUCAAAAUUUAGG